GUCUCCUGACAGUUGUCAGCAUAAGUAGAUGUGUUCUGAGUUCUGCUCCAAUAGGACUCAAAAUUGGAAGCAAACUGCAAAAGUGAGCAAUCGGAAUAUUCAGAAAGUUGAUUCAUAAUUAGAUUACUAAGAAAAUGGUAUAUAUUUUAUUUAAAGCAACGUGUUAAAGUCAAAAAAAGGUAAUCGGAAUGCGAAAGUUAAAAGAUUUUGCGUCGUCAUUCCAAAGCGAUUUAUAAUAGUACGGCAACAAAUCAUAAAAACUUAACUUAUGGUCCAGAGUCUUUUUCUUGAAACGGAAUGAUGGCAGGUCCGCCAAAUUUACUCAGAUUAUACUUCGUAACAUGGAAUGUAGCAACAAAGUACCCAGAGCAAGAAUUGCACCAGCUACUCGGAAUAAAUCAUUCUGUCGAACAUAAACCACCCGAUUUUUAUAUAAUAGGAUUGCAGGAAGUUAAAUCGCAGCCCCAGAAUAUGUUACUGGAUUUUUUCUCCGAUGAUCCUUGGUCCAAAUCAUUUAGGGAUAUUUUAAAAUAUCAUGACUACGUGAAAAUUAAGACACAGCGAUUGCAAGGGAUCGUGUUAAAUGUCUUUUGUCUCCGAAAGCACAUGAAUCGGUUGAGAUCGAUUGAAGCUCGUUACACCAAGACCGGUUUUGGAGGCCUAUGGGGAAACAAAGGAGCAGUGAGCGUGAGAUUAAACCUCUACGGUGUCAGCUUGUGCCUUGUCAACACCCACUUGACUCCCCACGACCAUCUCCUAGCAGAGCGGGUCUCGGACUACAACACGAUUCUCAGGGAGCACGUCUACGAAGCCCCCGACACCUCCAGCAUCUUUUACCAUGACUACAUUUUCUGGAUCGGGGAUUUAAAUUUUCGACUGGGAGAGGGUCUGUCGCCGUCCGACAUCAACCUGCUGGUCAGGCAGAGCCAGUUGGACGUCCUUUUAGCGAAAGACCAACUCAAAAGAGUCAUGACGAGUGGAGAAGCUUUCGCAGAACUCACCGAGAACGAAAUCUCCUUCCCUCCAACCUACAAGUACGAGUUUGGUUCUCAGGAUUUUGAUCUCAAACGACGACCGUCCUGGACGGACAGAAUUUUAUUUAAAGUGAAUGCGGACGUGUACGAAAACGUGAAGCUGAAGGCUGAGCAGCAUACUUACAAAAGCCAUUCCAGUUAUGUGCAAUCCGACCAUAAACCUGUCACUGGCGAAUUCGAUAUUGUGAUACGUCCGGAUGUUGAUGGUCCAGGAAUAGAAUUUGAACCUAUUUCAGAAUGGUUUAUAGAUGAGGCAAAUGCAGUUUCUUACAAGCUUGUGGACAAUACGAAACCCGAAAGUGGAGACUGGAUUGGUCUUUAUAAAGAAGGCUUUUCCAGCAUUGACGAAUAUCUCGUUUACGAAUACGUUAACAGAGGCUUAGAAAAGUCAGGCUUGCCUGAGGAGAUUUCUGCCAACACGAAACUCAUAGAAACUCUAUAUUUUGGAGACACGGCAAUCAGGACGACCGGAAUGUAUCGUCUCGUUUACGUGACUCAGCGCGGGGACAUACUAGGCAUCCUGGGCGUUAGUCAAGUUUUCCCAGGACAUCAUAGAUAGACUCAGGCGAGUCAAGAGCAGCUCAAAUGACUCUAGAAACCGAUAUCGAUACCAGAUUUUGCUUCGUCAACUCUGCGCGCACCGGCUUCAAUGCGAUUUCGGUUAUUGAUGGCACGACUUAACCACCGCGUUUUUCAUUUCGGGCAUGAUAUCCUCCGUCUUUUUAAAACAAGGUGCAUUACAAUCUAACUUUAUGCUUCACAAUGUGAAAGCGCUAAAAAGUUUGAAGAUUUCAUUUUGGCAACUUCUUAAAAUUGUAUGUGUCAAAAACAAUAGAAUGAAUAUUCGAAGAUUGCCAUUUUUUUAAGAAUUGCGAAGGAUAUUUGCACCGAGAAUCACUUAAAACUAGGAUUAAAAAAAAAAGUUUAGUACCUGGCUUUCACGCGUUUUGGCGUGCAUUGUACAAUAUUGAUAAAAAGCAAUCGGUUGGUAGCCGUAUUGCUUUUUAGGGUAAAGACAGAGAGAUUGUUUUUUCACCGGCGGUUAAUAUUCCUCCCUUCUCUCCAUAACUUUUUACAAUUUUGGAUUUGAUUUUGAAUUCAAUUUUUCAACACAGUCGUGAAAUUGAAUUUUAAAUUCGGUUCUCAAUCCUUUGCUGGAAGCCAAUUUGGAAUUACUCUUUUACAUUCCAAGCGAAGACUCGCGACAUCUAUUAAGGACGAUACAAAACUAAACUAAUACAUUAUAACAAUGAUGUAACAAGGUAUAUCAAAAUAUGUAUUGAUAAAAUAAAAUAAUUUCUGGAAAUUUAAGAGAGGGAUUUAAGCCCAGGGUGGAAGAACAACGAACUCGGUUCAGGGUAUGUAACCAAGUACUGUUUGCUAUGCGCUUAAAACGCAUAUGUUACUUUAUUUUUGUAAGUAAAAUUCGCCCUUAAAAAAAAAUGAACAAAUAUAUUACGGUAAGAGGGAA